CCACGAGUUACCUCGUACUAGGUACUUACCUAGGUACCUAGUAUGUGGUCUAACGAUGCUCCGAUCGAUCGUCAACCUUCUCCCGCCUGGACCUCAUUAAUGGUAUGAGUUACGGAGUACUACUACAAAACUUGCUAAGACACCCCUUUAAAAGCUACAGCCUCAUCGUGAACAUCAACAUGAAAUAGUCACAAUGAAUGCCAUGGCCCAUGAACAUCAUCUCCAUCGUGAUCGGGAAUCUUUGUAGAGAUCUUGAUCUUGAUCUGGACAGGAACAAGUACACGGUUACCCUGUCUAAUCCAUCGCCUAGUCUACCCUUUUUCUUCUUCUUCUUCUUCUUCUUCUUCUUCUUCUUCUUCUUCUUCUUCUUCUUCUUCUUUUUUUUUCUUUUUAUUUUAAUUUUUCUUCUCCUUUUAUUUUUAUUUUCAGUCUGCAUAUACUCCGUACUGCUAGUAUCAUCGUCGCUAGCAUUAAUCAAUUCUGCUGCAUCGUUACUCCUUGCACUUGUAAUUGUGACUGUGUACACUUGGCACCGGCCAGAACGGGCAGUCACACUCCUCACUCACAUCACCAUUACACAGAACAGAACCAACCGUCUACACAGUAACCCCUCAUCAUCAAUGAUGAUAAUAAUCUAUGGUCUAUCAUUCAACAGACCUGUCCACCAAAUUCUUUCAUAUGCCUCACCCUAGAUCAGCCCAUUCCCCACUAACCUUGCUGACGGACCGACGGACUGACCGGUCUCUGUGUCAUUUUCUUUCUCUUCUUCGUCUCAUUCUCUUGUAACCUCGUUCCUUUGUGCCAUGUAUCGUGUACUUUGAGAGCCAUCAUCCUAUCGACCGGCUGAAUAAAAUAGAUUCUCGACAGCAGAUAAUACGAAAAACUUCUCGUCCUUCGUUC